AAAGCUACUGUAGAGAGAAGCAUAAUGAGAAAGGAGUGGCUCAACGCGCUCAUCACAGAGAGAAAACACUCCAGUCCACAUGCGCACGGAUACGCCCGUCCUGAACCAGACCAGAAGUUGGAAUUAUUUAUUCUACAAAUACAGCAACACUCUCAGGCUGCCUGGACUGUGAGCUCAGAGCACCGAGGAAUUGUGGGAAAUCCAAACGAGGAUUGAUGCCAGGAUAUGCACCAAAAUGUGGGCAGUGCAACUGGGCUCAGCAGAGACAGAGCAGAGUACAAAUAUGGAAAGAGACAGAAGAGGACAACUCUUCUAAAAAGAGGGACUAACUUUUAGUCACUGAUAAGACUUUUGUGAAAUAAAAGGCUGAAAGACUGAUGCCAAGCUGGGCUUCUUACUGUUGGACUAAUUUAUUUCAGAGGAGCGAUCUGGAGCAGAGUAUACAUGUGGUCUGUCAGUGAAGUUCAAAAACAGCAUGUGGAGGUGGAAAAAAAUGACUGUAUGCGCACCACCUGUAAGAAGUGUCUUGGACUGAUUCUGGUCAUUGGACUGCUACUGCUAGCCUACUGCUACUUUCACGCUCUGAGCCCUGGGACCAGCUCAGCAGUUGACAUAAAACUAAGACACGGAAGCCCAGUAGAGAGACUCCUCAAUGGAAAAAAUCGGGAUAUCAUCAGUGACUAUCAUGACAUUGCCUACCAAAUAAAGGAGGAUGUAGCAUGUCGUUUGGCUCGAAAUACAUGUGUCUGUGUGGCUGACAAGGAGACCUUUCAGUUCCCAUUCUCCAAUCUAUUGUUCCCACGUGUGUGGGCCCACGACGUUGGUGUGGCAUUCUUGGAGUCCCAUCCUGACCCUGAGAAUGCAAAGCGUCAUAGAGCACAAGAGUACAGCAGCUUUCAGAGAAGGUCCUAUAAUCCUGCAGAUGCGCUUAUUGUAGCUGAAGCCAACAGUCCUCUUCAGUAUCCCACCCAGGGCGUGGAGGUGCGGCCCCUCAAAACGAUCAUCAUUCCUGGUUUGAGUCUUAAAGUGGAAGCAAGAUCAAACCAUAUGGUGUCUUUGACAGCAACACUGGGGACUUUUGAUGUUGCUGCUACAGUGGACGGGGUCUCUGUUGUUGGAGAGGGAGAGAAACACAUGAUACUGUCAAGUCCUCUUCUUUCUGCUCUGAACAGACAGCUGCAGUUUGUCAGCUACACAAACACUGUAUUCCAUCCCAAGACAGCAGACACAGUUCAGUUUACAACUGAAGGUCACCAGUCAUUUUUCACGAUUAAAGUUGGACAUGGAACCAUCCCGACACUUUACAACUCUGGACACCAAGGAGAGUACAAUAUUAGCGCUCUUGUUACCAUCGCCACCAAGACCUUUCUGCGCUAUGACAAACUCCAGGAUCUCAUUGAUAGCAUACGUAAAUAUUAUCCCACUGUCACCAUAGUGAUAGCAGAUGAUAAUGAACAGCCUCAGCCAGUGACUGGGCCUCACAUUGAACACUACACUAUGCCAUUUGGAAAGGGCUGGUUUGCAGGAAGAAAUCUGGCAGUGUCUCAAGUGGCCACUAAGUAUGUGCUCUGGGCAGAUGAUGAUUUCAUCUUUACUGCAAAUACCAAGCUGGAGAAAAUGGUGGACAUCCUAGAAAAGACCACACUGGAUCUGGUUGGUGGUGCAGUGAAAGAGGUGACAGGUUACACCGCAUCAUACCUUCACACGAUUUCAGUGGAAGAAGGGGGAGAGGAGGGUGACUGUUUACAUAUCAGAAAUGGCUACCAUCAUGGCAUUGAGGGAUUUCCCAACUGUGUGGUAACUGAUGCCGUCAUCAACUUCUUUAUGGGGAGGACAGACAAGGUGCGGCAGGUGGGCUUUAACCCCCGCCUGUCACGACAGGGUCAUCUGGAGUUCUUCAUCGACGCGCUGGGCUCCCUCCACAUUGGUUCCUGUAGUGACGUCAUUAUAAACCAUGCAUCAAAGAUUAUACUACCCUGGACUAAAACAGACUCACAGAAGAACUACGAGAAAUUCCGCUAUUUAUCUUCUAGCGAUAAUAGUAAAAUUAGAGAUGAAAACUUCUAUUUUAGGGACAGGUUCAAGUGCAUGACCAGCCAAUGAAACAUGGACUCCUGUGUGAGAUAAAAAGGGGGGCGUUUUUGUUGUUUUCGGGUAAAGUGUGCCUUAGCACAAUCCUAACAGGUUAAGAUUCUUCGAUAUGGACAGAAAAACCAAAGGACCCUAUUAUCCCCUAACCACUGAAAUCACGUUUUUUAUUAGCUUAUCAGAUGUAGAAGCUGUGAAAUGUUGUUGUUUCUGGAAAAAAUGAUAUGCCCAUUUUGAAUUUGAUGCUACAUGUUUCAAAAAGUUGUUUUUCUUUCUAUUUAUAUUUUACACAUCAUGACAAUUUCUGGGAAAUGGGAUUGUAUCAUCAUUUCUAUUUGCACUAUGACUUAUGAUUCGUAUGUUGUAAUCGAAUGAUUUCCAACAUUUUUUGUAUGACACACACCGAUGCCUGAUAAAAGGAGCUCCAGUAACUUACUAAUAUGUUGGCUCUGAUGGCUUUUCUGAAAUUGUUAAACAUCAAACAUUCACCACAGACACAGCAGUGGCCACACAUGAAGUCACAGAAGACAAAUAGAAAUUAAGUAAUCGGUGUUGUUUAAGCUUUGUCUCUCUCUUUUUCCAGCAAGUUAAAGGUUUCAUACCACAAAUGUCUAGCAUAGCUGUGAGAUUGUUUUAAUUCAUUUAAAAAAUCAGUGUGUUGAUUUUCCUCCAAAACACAAAUGUGUGAAGAUAUUUUACAUAAAACAUCUGAAAAUGAGCCAGUUUAUUAGUUAUUAGUAGCUAGUUUUUAUCAUGGUUGGUUACUCAGGGAAUGUAUAUGUUUCUAAAUUAUUUUUGAAUGUACUGUGAAAGGUGUGUGUACACUUGACUCCAGAGUUGUGUGAAAAUGUCCUGCUUUGACCUUUAUCAGUUUCGGGAGUUAUCAUUUGUACUUUGCUCGUUAAACAAUGUGAAUCAAUAUUAGGAUAAGGUGUAUUUUAUGCUGUGAAUUGUAAUUAUAUUCAAGACAGACUGUGUUCCCUUUUUUCUAAAUAGGUAAAUGUUAAACCUGUCUUCCCUGUAUCUCUUGUAGUAUUACUCAUGACAGACUUGUGCAAACAACCUACUAUAUUCAAAACAGCAAUGUAACACCAUUUCCUGCUUGAGAAAGUGCACUUUGGUUUGGAAACAACCUUGUUUAACUAACAAAUUGGUUUCAUUCAGCGGCUUAUCUGCCAGCAGCACCUCUACUUCCCAUCAGGCACAAUGAGAUACAAUGCUUAUGGGCACACCCUGAAACUUUAAAAUGAUUCUCAAUAAGAUCAUGAAUGUGGGUGGCCUGAUUAUUCCUAGGCUAACUUUCUAGUUUAAUAAUGAUCCUGUAGGAUUCAACUAUUUGUUUCUUCUUUCAUUUACUUUUCACAUAAUUUUACUGUUUGCAGCUACUUGCCAACCCUUAAAGAAAGUAAGAGAUUUGAUGUUGAUUAAUUUGUCCAUCUCUAUUGUGUGCAUGUGUAGUCAUUCAAGUAUUAGUGGUGUGUGUGAUUUUUUGACUGCACUAGGAGUUUUUAUGGUGCCACAAAUUAAAUCUUCUUGUUUAGGGCUACUAAAAGCCUAGGGCCAACCCUGAGCUUGUCACUUUCUUCACUUCUCACUUCUCUAGAGUUUGCAGGAUUGUUGGACAUUGAGCACAUGGUGUCCUCAAAAAGCUAGAAAAGUAGACAUCAGUGAUAGAGCCAAAAGGUCAAAUUGGAAGAGUAAGAGUAAGUCCAGGAUACAGGGGUCUACUAAGCCCCAAGAAUAGAGAAUGGCAAGCCAGGACAGCUGAGAGUGUACAAAAAACUCAACAAUUGCCAGAAGGAGAUCGUAAAAUUUAAUAAAGUGCCGAUCUGGCAAAAAGUUAAUGCUCCAGCAAAGCAGUCAGCCAGAUAUGGUGAAAUCAUGGCCAAACCAUCCUUAACCCCACCUGCUUCUAUGGUAAUUGGAAAUUGUUGAUGACAAUGACCAAAUAAAAAAUCAGGAUGUCUAUGUAGGGUGGUAGAAAACAGAAGAGUUGUGAGGGUAGAGAGAGACUUCUCUAAGAAGACUAAUAUUUCUACAAAGGAAAAGAGAGGAUCUGAGGUAGACCCAGAUGCAAUACGCAGACAGUACAGUAGGGUGCAGUUUUUGAUGUACUUUAAUUCUCACCAUAGGUACAGGUACUGGUGAGCAGGAACCAGCAUCAAAGAGUAGCACAGGCAAACAAAUCUAAAAGGAGCAUCACAAAUCCAAAAUCCAAUAAUUAGCCAUAAGGUAAACAGGCAGGUAGAAACAGAUUGGUGGAUGGUACAAGUUUGCAGAGACACAAGACGCACAUGGAAACAUGACCUAACAAUCUUACAGACUGUGUGGAGACCUGGGUUUAAAUGGAAAACAGGUGAGUGGCAGUGUGUGUGGAGCAGAAUCAAAAACUGGUGGGAAAAAAAACAAAGACAGGAAGCACAAAUACACAAGACAGAAAGGGGAGAGUACAAAAUAAAACGGGAAACACAAAACUACAAUCUCAAAACUGUGACAAGAAGGGGACCUAUAGAACGAAGAAAAUGACUCAGAAGACGCUGCCAUACCCAUAAGUGCCUAUGGGCCUCCAUUAUGGGUUGAAAUCAAAGCCUGACAAUACUUAUCGAGUUCCUACAGCAUCUACAGCAGUUGAUGCUCAAGAGUUUUAAGAUUUUUUGACUCUUCCUGCCCUGAACCUAUUCUACCAGUAUCCAAAGAGGUUGUAAAUAAAUAAAUCAAAAAAGAGAAAGCCGAAUCUUAGAUUAUAAACGAUAUUGAUUAUUCUAUCUUUGAUAUUAAUCUUUGAAGUGUUUUUACUGUAACUACUUAGCUUCUACUAACUAAUAAAUAAAGUAAUCUAUCUGCAUUCAAA